AGAUCUUUGCAGUAUAUCAGACACUGACACAGUCCUACAGUUGUCGAUUUAUUGCAGAGCUUAGGAUCCCCCCUUAUUUUUUUCUGUAACUGCCUUCCUUUAUAUAAACGCUGCAAUAAAUUCCAGGUUUCUCUACUGCUCUACCGAACACACUCUUAUCUGACAUGGCUGCGGUAGCCACUAACGGACACGCCAACGGACAUACUGACAACAUAGUCGAUGGAAAGUCACCAUCAGAUGGAUUGAACUAUCUCCCACCAUCAUUCUAUGACCAAUUCUUGUCUCAAGCUGCGAAAGAGAGAAAACCUAGUCCCAUUCGUGGGCUGUUCCCUCUUGAAAAGAAGCCCGGUGUCCUAUCUCUGUUGGCAGGGAAACCGAACGCUGCAACUUUCCCUUUCACUUCUUUGAGCUUCACCAUUCGAUCGCCUCAGGACCCCACACAAGAGGUUCCCAUCACCGUCGACCCCAAUGACCUAGCCGCCGGUUUACAAUAUGGAGAUACUGCUGGUCUUGCUCCCCUUUUAGAUUGGUUUUGUGGUCUUCAAGGCCACUCGCACGGCAGGAAGAAGACCGAUCAUUGGAGAAUCUCCACCGGUUCGGGAUCGCAGGAUCUGAUUUACAAGGCUGUUCACGCCUUGGUCGACCACGGUGAUCCUGUCCUCGUAGAAUCACCUGUCUAUGCUGGUGUUAUUCCGUUAUUCAAAACUUUCCAUUGUGACCAAAUCGAGGUUGAUACUGAUGCUGACGGCAUCUGCUCCUCGUCAUUACGUGAUAUUCUCGAGAACUGGCCAGCUGGGAAGCCAAAGCCCAAGGUGCUGUACACGGUUCCAUACGGUUGCAACCCUACGGGUAUGACUGCUACCACUCAACGCCGAAAGGAGGUUUUAGAGCUUUCUAGAAAGCAUAACUUCCUCAUCCUUGAAGAUGACCCAUACUACUUCUUGUACUAUGGCAAAACCGAGCGUCCCCCUUCCUACUUCACUCUUGAGAUGGAGGAACCAGAGGUUGGUCGCGUAUUGCGAUUCGACAGCCUCUCCAAGAUUUUAUCGGCUGGUAUCCGUAUCGGAUUUGCUUCGGGCCCCGUAGCACUGCUCGACGCCAUGGACAUGCAUACUGGAACGUCCAACCUCCAAGUAUCAAGCUUUACACAGGUUGUAACACUUGCUCUAGUGAAAUCUUGGGGUUAUGACAACUUUAUUCUUCACACGGAAAGAGUUUCCCAGUUCUAUCGCGAGAAACGGGAUAUCUUCGAAGCUGCUCUUCGUCGGCAUUUGGAUGGUCUAGUGCAAUGGGAGACACCAGAAGCUGGGAUGUUCUUCUGGUUCAAACUUUUGAUGAAUGCUCCUGGUGACGCCUCAGUUGAUGAAGGCGAUUCAGAGGACCUUAUCCGAAAUAAGGCUUAUGAAGAAGGCGUUCUUGCACUCCCAGGCACAGUGUUCUUGCCCAAUGGUCGUAAGACUUCGUACGUACGGGCGGCGUUUAGUUUGUCGACCGAAGAGCAGGUGAACGAAGCAUUGCGGCGAUUGAGGGUUGUCCUCCUUAAAGAGAGAGAUGGUCGCUAAAAGGUUAGCCUCGUAAAACGCAUGUAUGAAUAUUCAUACCUUGUUUUCAUAGACCGCACAAUGUAGCAUGCCUGUAAUACCCCGUUCCCUCUCAUGUUUUAGUUAUUAUCCUGUUGGGUGGGCUUGUACUGGUAGACUACACACAUUAUAUCAUACCGAGGCGUCUUCAACAGACUUGAUACAUUUA